AGUCCCAUACAACUUGUUUCUUAUCCGUCAGGUCGAGCCGGGCUCUCAGACUUCCCGUCUCGACUGCCUCCGGCAAAUCAUGCUAUAACAAACAACAUCGGAUCCGGUCAGCGGCCGGGAUCAUCGAUGCUAGACACAAGCUGGGUCUCAGGCACGCCGCACCGCAGCAAGUUGCUCGACUCGACUCGACUCGACUCAACCGCGGUCGACUUAGCCUACCUUUCCGCCCCCCCCCCAUACGGAUACACACGGUUGUUGCCCACGGUGAACCUUGUUCCCGUUCAGGUCCUCCCGCUUCCCGCUUCCCGCGAGGCGGACGCUAAGGCCACGUCCCCCCAUCACGAACCCACCAAGGCUCAACCUCAGCUGCCUCAUCCUUGGCAACGUCUUCUAUUUCUGAAUCGGCUGGGCGGCACAGGGACCGCUGUCCCAUGUCAACGUGUAUUCUUUCCCUACCCGCCUUCACACGGGCUGCAUUGCGCGGGCUGUCAUAGGAAGCAUAUUAAAGCGAGUCGAGCCCAGACUUUGACCAAGAUUUCCCUUUGCCCAUCAUCAGAGCGUCUGUUGUCGUUCUAUGCUUUUAUCGCCCGUUUCUUCCUUCCCUUUUUUCCUUUCUCUUCGUGUCCACUUCCUUUCAUUCCCCUUGCACUCUAAACUACCACGACAGCUGGGGUCAGAUCAGCAUUUUCGUCUGUUCUCUAACUGAUGCUGCGGGACAGCUUCUUAUGUCUCCUUGUUUUCAGUUGCCUUCGCUUUCCGAAUGAGUCCUUGUCAG